ACUAGAUCACAAACGUGCUAUUCCUUCGCUUCUUUGCUUGCGCUUCUGCUCGACUUGAUCGUUCUUGCUUUCUCCCUUCUUUCCCCGCUGCCGGCUCUUUCUGCUGAGGUCUCUGUACCGGUCGCUAUUGAGGACAGGGUAAGGGCUAUAUCGGAAUCUCAUAGAAGAGAGAGUUAUCAUUUGGUUGAUCGACCCGAUUCGUCGAAUUCAUCCCCUAGUUUCCAGUUCUCCACACGGAUUCCCAUUCCCAGAGGCAAAAUUGCGAGGCGAAACCCAACAACCCCAUCUACCGCAGGAAAACUUCCAAGUCCAAUAUCGAAAUCCCCUCGAGUUAGAUCGAUUGUGGACGAGAAACUACUAAAUCACUUGGUUCUUCGACCUUGGAUGAAUAGCUUCCUGGGGCUGAUACCCCAACUAGUCAAUCCCUUCACUUCGCUUCCCUUCGUUCUGUUUCUGUUAGUCUCACUUCUUCUUGACUUCACUUCGUGUCCUUCGCCUUGGCUUAGGGGCCUAUCUACACUGGGCUAUCCUUCACGCCUAACGGCGCCUACACCUUCGGACCAAACCUGGGUAUCUUUCGCCUGUUCGCUGCUACGCUACUUUGCUCAGCUCGUCACCGUAUACUCAAAGCCUAAC